AAAGUUCACACUUUUUUAAAUAAAAUUUAUAUAAUAAUAAAUGAAGAAAAAAAUUUUUAGUAUUUUUUUAAAAAAAUAAUAAAUUAUUUAAUUGUAAAUAGAGUCAAAAAAAUUUUAAGUUAAUCAAGCAUUAUGGAUGAUUAUGAAAAUGAUGGUAGAGAUUAUAGAGAAAUAAUUGACGAAGGACCAAUUGAUGAAAUACCAAACGGUCCAGAAACAGAAUUAUUUUGGAAAACAAAAACUGAACCAGAUAAAUCAUGUCCACCAAAAAAACAGGAAAAUCCAUGUCCCGAACAAAAAAAAAUUAAAAAAACUAAAAAACAAAAAGGAAGAGCAUGUGAUUGUAAACCAGAUAAAGGAAAAAAACGUCGUAGUAAAAAAAAGAAAAUACCAAUUUCAGUAAAUCCAUUUAUAAUAUAUUAUUUGUGUAUGCUAUUUGAUAAUCCAACUAGAAAAGUAACUGAAGUUGCACGUGAAGCUGGUAAAAAAUGGUGUAGUUUGUCUGAUAAAGAAAAAGCUGAUUAUAUUAAAAGAGCUAGAGCUGAAAGUGCAAAAAGACAAAAAAAAUCUAAAAAACGACGUGGUAAAUGUUGAAGAUAAACAAAUGGUAGAAAUUUUUUUUUUAAAUAAAUUAUUCAACAACUAAGUCAAAUUUAAGCUGAAACAUUUGAUAAUUUCAAUCUAAAACACAUUGAUACACACGUGUCUUUAAUUAACCGGCUCAUUAAGUCAUAUUACUUUGGAAAUUGAUCAACAAAAGCAGCAAAUUACCAUCACAAAAUUAAAAUUAAAUUAUAAAAUUUUAGUAAAAAUAUAAAAUUAAAGAUUUACUUGUUUUUUUUUUUAUGAAAAAAAAAAAGAAAAAACUUUUAUAUUGUAUUUUAACAAUAAAAAAAAAUAUGUUUAUUAA